AUGGGAGCCGUCUUCGGGACCAUCGCAAUACUCUCAGGAACUACUAUUUUUGUCUCAGCCGUGGAUUGCACUCGUGAGGGUUUGCUUACUGCAGCGCAAAGCUACAUCACAGCUCAGACUUCUGGCAAGAUCGAUGGUCUAAAACUCUCGGCAAGCAACUUCACCUACCAAUUCAAUAACAAAGCCGCCGAUAUCUCCAAAGGACAACUGUCCCAAGCUCUCAAACUCGACCUCAACCGCACUUCUGCUGACACUGUCGCUUGCGCAAGCUACACAAUGUUCAUCUCGACUUCUGGCUCGAAGCCGUAUGUAGUUGGCACACAAAUCAGACACAAGGACAACAACACCGACGAGAUUGCGAUUAUCGACACCAUUUCCGCAACGACAGGGGACCUUUUCUUCAACGCCAAGGACACUCUCAAAUAUAUCCAAGCUGAAGACUGGACCGCCAUCCCUGCAACAGGUCGCCCGUCCCGUGAGCUUCUCAAGAAAGUUGGCGACGGGUACCUGGACAUGUGGACCGAUGCGAAAGCUGCUGAUUCAAUCCCGUGGGGCACCAACUGUGAGAGGGUUGAAGGGUCGAAGCUGACGAAGCCGUGUGGUGGAUCUCUGCCACACGGUGGGAGCUCGAAGCAGAAUGGAAUGCGGAGAUAUGUUAUUGAUGAGACACUUGGGAGUGUUGAUGUUUUGUGUCAAUUUGAUUCUUUAGGACCUUGGCCUGACAGCCAUGAGGUUAGGGUAGUUGAUGGGAAGGUUAAAUACGUGCACACUAUCACGGUCAUGUCAAAGUGA